AUGGAUCCUGAAACAUCAUCAUAUAUUAAUAAAGCACAACUUGGUGAUGACGAGGUUCACCUCAUAUUAAGUCCUCCUUGUAAGCUCCAUUCACAACUCGGUGAAUUUAUUUCGCCAAAUCCUAAUAAUGUUGAUUCUAUAAACAUCCGGAGAGCUCCAAACGCUUUUUUCCUAUAUCGCAAAAAUUUUAUUGCAGAACAUAAUACUCCUAGGAAUAAAAAAGAUGGGAGAGCUCUUUCAAAGGAAGCUGGUGUUUCCUGGAAGAAUGAAUCGGACAAAGUAAAAGGUUACUUUAAAGUAUUAGCAAAAGUAGCUUUCCAAAAACAUAAAAUAGCUUAUGAAAAUAGAAAAAAUCAUAUUUUUAUUCCUCAACAACCAGGACCACAACAAAACUCAAUAGAUAAUGAUAAUAACGAUUCUGUGGUUUCAUCAUCACACUAUCCACAUUCUACUUGUCGUUACACGAACGAUAAUACGACCUCGUCUUAUCAACAACUAGAAAUGCAACAAGAUAAUCUUCAUAAAAACGACAAUACCGAUUAUGAAGUUCCAUCAUCAUCUAGUCAAUAUUAUUCUAUUUCUUCUUAUACAAAUUUUAUGAAUCAACAACUAGAACUACAAUUACAACAAAAAGAUAGCCUUCAUCAAAAAAACAAUAACAAUGGUGUAGUUUCAUCAUCAUCUUGUCAAUGCUCUACUUUUUCUUGCACAAAUGACAAUGAAACCUCGCUUCUUUUUGUGGCUCAACAACCAGAAUUACAGCAAAAACAAAAAGAAAAUAAUAACGACUGUGCAGCUUCUUCAUCACCUCAUCCAUUUUCUUGCAGAAGUGACAAUACAAGCUCGUCUCAUUUUAUGAUUCAACAACUACAACAAAAAGAUAAUUUUUGCAAAAACAAUAAUAGCGAUGAACCACAACAAAAAUAUAAUUUCUGUAAAAGCAAUAACAACGAUUGUGCAGUUUCAUCAUCACCUUAUCUACAUUCUACUUCGUUCGAUUUUAAUAUUAAUGCUGAUUGGGAUGAUGCAUUUAUUGACUGCUCCCAAUUUUAUGAUGAUACUGAUUGGGAUAUAAAAGAGUUAUUUGUUUGCAACCCUUAUAAUAUUUCUUCGUCUCUAUUAUCUUCAUUGAGCCAUUUUAUUGCAGCAGUCACAAAUACAAGUCUAAUGAUAUAUUUUGGUAAGUUACAAUUAAAUUUGAGUGCACAGGAGGUUGAGGAAUGGCUUUAUAUAGAAAUACUACCGCCCAUAAAA